UGGGUCUUCAAGAAACAACUGCAUACAGAGCAAGCUUAUAUUACCCAGCCCUUUGUAGGAGAGUUCUAUGGAAAUCCCGAGGUACUUUUUGGUAAACAUUUCAAGACAAGACUAUCAAGGAGUCUUUCCCAUCGGGGUGUAAAGAAUAACCAGCUCCAUUAAUGAUUGGCAGGAAGACGAGCUUGUCUGCUAAGGUACCCCCGGGUGGCGACAAGAGCGCAGCAAGAUGGCGGCGUUCAGCAGCCGGGUGAGAGGGGUCCUGUGGGUUGCUUUCUUGGGGCUGUGCGGAGCUGUGCUAACCCUACUGAUCGUAGUCCUUGCUCGAACCUAUUCCAUCCAACCCCCGGCGCUGGCUCUUAGGCUUUGGCCGCGGAGGGACCAGCAGAGGCGUGUGGAGUCUGCGUUUAGUGCUCAAGAGCGACGGGAGCUCAAGAAGGUACUCCAAGGUGCCGUCAGAAUGCAAACGGUUUCCUUCUCGCCAAAUGAUCAGAAUACAACAGCCCUGGCAGAAUUUGAGCCAUAUAUUCGUAAAGCCUUUCCUGCAGUGUUUUCUGCAACAUUCAUUGAACAUGAAAUUAUUGGGGAAUAUAGCCACCUGUUCACAGUCCAGGGGACUAACCCUCAGCUACAGCCCUACAUGCUGAUUGCGCAUAUAGAUGUUGUUCCAGCUUCCCCAGAUGGAUGGGACGUCAGUGAUCCUUUCUCUGCUGAGGAGCGUGAUGGGUUUAUAUAUGGAAGAGGAACACUGGAUAACAAAAACUCUGUUAUGGGGAUUCUGCAUGCACUAGAAUUCUUACUGAGACGAAAUUACAGGCCUCACAGAUCUUUCUAUAUUGGUCUUGGCCAUGAUGAAGAGGUGGGUGGUCAAAAAGGAGCAAUGAAGAUUGUGGCUGAGCUAGAAUCUAGAGGAGUUCAACUUUCUUUCUUGCUUGAUGAGGGAAGCUUUAUCUUCGAUGGGAUCAUGACUGGAAUAGAUAAACCAGUAGCUACAAUAGCAAUUACAGAAAAGGGUGCAAUUACAGCAAAUCUCACUGUGACAUUAGAGCCUGGUCAUUCUUCUGCACCACCCAAGAGGACAAGUAUUGGUAUUCUUUCUGAAGCAUUGGCCAGGUUGGAACAGCAUCCCAUGCCCAAUCUGUUUGGUCAUGGGCCGGAAAUCUUGAUGUUUGAGCAGUUGGCGCCAGACUUCCGCUUUCCUCUAAACAUCAUCAUGUCAAAUCUGUGGCUGUUUGGGCCACUUGUUGGCAGAUUUCUUGAACAGACACCUUCCACUAAUGCCUUAGUUCGGACUACUACUGCAAUCACUAUGUUUCAUGCAGGAAUCAAGUCAAAUGUUAUUCCACCAUCUGCAAAUGCAACUGUGAAUUUCCGCAUCCAUACAUCGCAAACAGUUGACGAGGUCCUGGAUAUAGUAAACAAAACAAUUGAUGAUAAGAGAGUGAAGAUAGAAGUGGAGAGUGCCUUUGAUCCUCUUCCAGUUAGCCCCUGGGACGACCGGACCUUUGGAGUGCAGGUUUUCCGUCUGACCAUCCUGGAUGUUUUCCCAGAUGUUGGCAGUGUAGUUCCAGGUAUAUGUGUUGGAAACACUGACAGCAGACACUAUGGCAAUCUUACAAAUGCCAUUUAUCGAUUUAACCCAGUAAUCUUUAAAUCCGAUGAUUUACCAAGGUUCCAUGGGUUGAAUGAAAGGAUAUCUAUUGAAGGUUAUGAAAAGCAAGUGGAAUUUAUCUUUCAACUGAUUCAAAAUUCUGAUAUCAGCCAACUCACAGAGUCACAUGUAGACUUUCAUGAGUUGUAAAAACAAAGUAGGAAGGCUCGUGAGUACUGGUAGGAAUCAGAACUUUACAAAACAGCUGUGUUCCAUGUUGCUCUGGAGCUAAGUUAUUAGGACUGAUGACCAGCAUACAGAUUUAAAGUAACAACACUGUUUAUUACACAGCAAGCAAUUGUGAAACAUACUAAAAUCUAAAGUAGGACAAAUCACUUUGGACCAAAACAUAUGUAUUAAACAUCAUGUUAAGUUGUAUCUCACAAAAAUCUUAUUGCUGACCAUAUACGACAGCAGUAUAUAUAUAUUAAAGAUCCUUAAACUUUUCUCUUAAAAUGGUAGGUAGAGCAGUUCUCCAUAAUGAAAUGGGUCUUCUGUAACAUAAGGAGCUACCGCCUGUCCCUGCUGUUUGCUAAGCUGAGAACAAUUGCAAAUUGGUAAUAUGUGGCGUCAACCUUUCAAUGGGUUACAGCAAUGAUCACCUGAAAUGUGUGCUAUCACAUUAUGUUUUUGUAUUUCCAAACCUGUAUUCACCUUUAUCAAUCAGAUUUUUUCUUGUUUUAGUUUCUAGAGUUUAUAGUAUAAUGUGUAGUUAACUAAAAUAUGGAUAGAAGCACCUCCAGGGCUGGAAAAAAUCUUUCUGCCACACACAAAAACAAAUCAUAUGACUUGACUUCAGGAGCAAACUAGACGUUCAAGAGCAUAAUUCAAUCUUGGUUUGUAUCAAAUUCAUACAGAAUUGGAGAAAUUUGAAAGGCGUGCAUAGGCAUGUAGGAAGUGAGAAUUGAACCUCUUCUUGCCCCUCCCCCCCUCUCCAACACCUUUUCCCAACAAUCAGCACAGUAGCUUCAGGUAGAAAGAGGUGGGGUAGAGUGUGCUAAUAUGCAUUGAGAUCCCUUAAGAAAGCUAUUAGGAAAUAUAGAACACCAGCUUCCCCCAAGUUAUUUUGUUUUGGUCUUUCAUAUGUUUAUAGCUGCUCAAGUUUUAAUAGCAAAAAUGUGGAAAAUAUACUGUACCAAGCUCUGAAGAGGAAAAUCAGGGCUAUAACGAUAAAGAAUAAAAUAGCAAGAUAUAGGCAGUUAUGGCAGGGAAAGAUCUAUUCAGUGAAGAGUCUUAGAGAAAAAAAUAUUACCAUUUUUGUUGUACUGGAAUCGAUGUAAAACAAAUGCAGUAGUAAUUAUGGAUGUAUUAAGCAUUGUUUAAUUGAAUGUUUACAUAUAAUACGCAGUAUACAACCAUGAUUAUUGUGUAUUAUGGAACUGGAAAAUCACAUUAAAAUUAUCUGCCCAUGA